AUGUCUGAUCAAAACAUCUAUCCAAACAAAUACAGUGAAUUGCGAAGUAUGUUUGCACACCACAUUGAUUUGUAUAAUGCGUUAUAUCAGCUAAAAACAGAUAAUGAACAAAAUUUAAACAAGAUUUAUAAUACGAUCAAAACAGAAUUGAUUGAUUCAAGGAAAUAUCGUCCUCAAAAUAUUAUUAAAGAUAUUUUAGAGAUUAUCCUUUAUAACAAUUGUUACAAAAAGUCAUACUUAUUUCUAGCCAAACUCAUAUCUGAUGACUAUCAUGUCACAGAGGUCAAGAAUGUUGAACUUAUUUCAAAUCUCCUGUUUUACAAAGAAUAUGGUAUUAAAUUAGACAAAUACCAUGAUCCUGAAAAAAUUAACUCAGAAAAUCUGGAUAUUCAUUCAGAAAAUACGAUUUACAGAGCAAUUAUGUACAAUGACCUAGAAAGAUUCAUUUCAUUUACUGAAGAAGAAGGAUUUAAUAAGAAUCAAACACUUGAGAGCAAUUUAUAUCCAUUUAAUUAUUGUGGAUAUUCAUUGCUUGAAUUAUGUUGUUAUCAUGGGGCAGUUGAUUGUUUCAAGUUCUUAAGAUCGAAAUUUAACUCAGAAAUAACUCAAAGAUGUCUACAACUCUCAUUUUUAGGAGGAAAUCCAGAAAUCAUGAGUGAAUGUUUGAAAUAUCAAACACCAAAUAAAGAGUGUAUGAGAUAUGCAAUUAUUUCACACAACAUUGAUUUUGUUACAUUCUUGAUGAAUGAAUACAAUAUAAAGAUCGAUUUAUUUUAUUGCAGAUUGUAUAAUAAUCUUGAUUCAUUUUUAGUUUAUUUUGAUCAAACUAAUGAUUAUAGCGAAUGCUUUGUUCAUUCAUCGAUUUUUGAUAUUCCUUCCUUUUGUGAGUAUUUCCUUUCACAUGGUACAAAUAUCAAUGAAAAGAAUAUUUAUGGAAAAACUGCUCUUCAUAUUGCAGCAGAAAAUAAUUGUAAAGAAACAGCCGAAUUUCUUAUUUCACAUGGUGCAAAUAUCAAUGAGAAAGAUAAAAAUGGAAAAACCGCUCUUUCAUAUGCAUUUUAUUUAUUUAAGGAUACCCUUACGUGUCAGAUUUUUUGCGCAUACGAAGAAGUCAUGCUAGACAUGAGCUAUAAACCUGAAAUUUUAGCAACAUAUUUAAAACUUUUUAAACUACAAUACACUUUAAUAUUCAAGAACAAAAAUAUUCUUUUUAGAAAUUACAUAAUUAUUUUAUGUGAAAUCUAUAUAAAAACAUAUUUUGCGAGCGUAACUUUUUUCUUUAUAAGCACCUUAUAUGACUGA